AUGGGGCUGCCGGCGCUGGAGUUCAGCGAGUGCUGCCUGGACAGCCCCCAGUUCCGGGAGCGGCUCCGCUCCCACGAGGCCGAGCUGGAGAAGACCAACAAGUUCAUCAAGGAGCUCAUCAAGGAUGGGAAGUCGCUCGUCGCCGCCCUCAAGAACCUGUCCGCAGCCAAGCGCAAGUUUGCUGACUCCCUCAAUGAGUUUAAGUUCCGCUGCAUCGGUGAUGCUGAGACGGAUGAUGAGAUCUGCAUAGCCAAGUCUCUGCAGGAGUUCGCCACGGUGCUGCGGAACCUGGAGGAUGAGCGGAUGCGCAUGAUCGAGAAUGCCAGCGAGGUGCUGAUCACGCCGCUGGAGAAGUUCCGCAAGGAGCAGAUUGGGGCUGCCAAGGAUGCCAAAAAGAAAUAUGACAAGGAGACUGAGAAGUACUGUGGUGUCCUAGAAAAGCACUUAAACUUGUCUUCUAAGAAGAAAGAAUCACAGCUACAAGAGGCAGACAGCCAGGUGGACCUGGUGCGGCAGCAUUUCUAUGAGGUCUCCCUGGAGUAUGUGUUCAAGGUGCAGGAGGUGCAGGAGAGGAAGAUGUUUGAGUUCGUGGAACCUCUGCUGGCCUUUCUGCAGGGGCUCUUCACCUUCUACCACCAUGGCUACGAGCUUGCAAAGGACUUCAGCGACUUCAAGACAGAGCUGACAAUCAGCAUCCAGAACACAAGAAAUCGUUUUGAAGGAACAAGGUCGGAGGUUGAAUCUUUGAUGAAGAAGAUGAAGGAGAACCCCCACGAGCACAAAAACAUCAGCCCCUACACGAUGGAGGGUUAUCUCUAUGUGCAGGAGAAACGUCACUUUGGGACGUCCUGGGUGAAGCAUUACUGCACGUACCAGAGGGAGUCGAAGCGGAUCACAAUGGUGCCGUUUGACCAGAAAUCCGGAGGGAAAGGGGGAGAAGAUGAAGCUGUUAUCCUCAAAUCCUGCACGCGGAGGAAAACCGACUCCAUCGAGAAGAGGUUUUGCUUUGAUGUGGAAGCUGUGGAUCGGCCUGGAGUGAUCACCAUGCAGGCGCUUUCAGAGGAGGACCGGCGGCUGUGGAUGGAGGCGAUGGAUGGCCGGGAGCCGGUCUACAACUCGAACAAGGACAACCAAAGCGAAGGCACUGCCCAGCUGGAUAACAUCGGCUUCAGCAUUAUCAAGAAGUGCAUACACGCUGUCGAGACAAGAGGGAUAAAUGAGCAAGGGCUCUACCGAAUCGUUGGAGUGAACUCCAGAGUUCAAAAGCUGCUGAGUAUAUUAAUGGAUCCCAAAACAGCCACUGAAACAGAAACUGAGAUCUGUGCAGAGUGGGAGAUAAAGACCAUUACCAGCGCUCUGAAAACUUACCUGAGAAUGCUUCCAGGGCCACUCAUGAUGUACCAGUUUCAAAGGAGCUUCAUCAAAGCAGCAAAACUGGAGAAUCAGGAGUCAAGGGUGUCAGAAAUCCACAGCCUCGUCCAUCGGCUCCCGGAGAAAAACAGGCAGAUGCUGCACUUGCUCAUGAACCACUUGGCAAAAGUUGCGAAUAAUCACAAGCAGAACCUGAUGACUGUUGCUAAUCUGGGUGUGGUAUUUGGGCCAACGCUGCUCCGACCUCAAGAGGAAACAGUCGCUGCCAUUAUGGACAUCAAAUUUCAGAACAUCGUGAUUGAAAUUCUAAUAGAAAACCAUGAGAAGAUAUUUAACACGGUGCCAGAGACGCCGCCAUCGAACUCGCAGCUGCUGUUAUCCCGCAAGAAGAGCACGGACUCGAAGCCGCCCUCCUGCAGCGAGCGCCCGCUGACGCUCUUCCACACGGCACAGCCCAAUGAGCAGCAGGAGAACAGGAACAGUCUCAUCAACUCCAGCCUGGAAUCCGUCAUCUCUUCAAACGUAAACAGCUUCCUCAACUCUAACAGCGCACCCCAGCCCAGCCUCAACUCAAGUGAUCUCGAACUAGAAGUAAUUAAACCCAACAGGCCAAAUUCACUGAAGAGCCCCUCACAAAGUCCUCCCGAGUAAGAAGAAGGAAAAGAGGACAUUUGCUUCCUGCAGGCAGAACUGAGAGCAGGCAGCAGCCAACACUUCCCCAAAGCCUGUCACCACCUCUGCUCUUUCCACGAGAAACAGGAAAUUGGAUCCUGCAAGAAACCAUUUUCCAAAAUGCAGAUCUCAGCAUAGUCUGUUCACUCCAUGCACUGACUUCUCCAGACAGACAGGACUCAGGUCUUGCAGUCCAUAAGCUCAGAAGGGUGAUGCUCAGGCAGUAUCUUGAGACUAAAUACCUGUAUUUCAUGGAAGGAACACUGUGUGCAUCAUGGUCUGCAGGUGCUGGGAGGGCCACCAGAAACAUCCACGUGUUCUUCUUGAGGAAAUGUGCUGGAAGGACCUGCAGAGCAGGACUGUGAGGCUGAACAGGGGUAGCUUGGUCAUCAUAGAACCAUCUUCUUCUCUCCUGUGAGCAACCUGAUAGAAACAGGAUGGUCCUCAUACCCCAUAAUCCACAUGCUGUCAUUAGUAUUUCAGUUGUUUUGGUGGUCGCAGAGAGUGUUUCUUUGUCACCAAGAAUCCAAAAAAAACCAAAACUUUUCUCGAAAUUACGCAUAGCUUCUUAGAUGGAGGCUGACUUGAGUGCUGGUUCUUGCUGUAAGGCUUUGUUACUGCAUCCUUGCAGAAAUAACCCUCUGGAUGGUAUUGAUGGCAUUAGCACUGUAGUUAGCACAGCAGGCUGCAGUUGGUGGGGUGAUGACAGAGCCAACUUUAGGAGCAGCGAGAGCUGCAUUCUUUUAAACUGAUUUAAUCUCAAAAAGUGCGUUGGGAAUUUCUGCUCCUGGAGCCCUGUGUGGUUGGAUGUUCCUCCUGUUGGGCAGCACGAGGGCUGCGAUCAGUAGCAGUGUUUGGUGGUGGCCAUCCUGUGCUGCAGGCUCACCAGUGAGAUGUCCCAUAGGGGCAGUGGGAGCUGUGGCAGGGGGGCUGGUGAGUGUUGAUGGCUGCUCUCAAGGGGAUGUGUUUCAGCCACCAGCUCAUGGCCCCCCCCAAGUCCCACCUUGGCCAAGCUCCUCUUUAAGAAGGGCAUUGCUGUGCCAUUUGGUUUGCUCUCUCCUACCCCAGUGUGGGGGUCUUGUGGUCCCUUGGAGACUGCUGCCCACUGGGUUUGUAACCAGUGACAAGACGGGCUGAUGGCGAGAGGUGUCUAAGCUGUCCUAGGAUCAUCCUGCCCUGCAGAUGGCUCAGUGGACAGGAACCUUGCUGAAGCCAAGAGCUGGAGGACCAAGGUUUGCUUCCCAAGGUAACAUUCCUUGCCUACAGAAAACCCGUACGUGGAGCAGGUAAUGUGCAUUUGAUGAAGAGCUUUUUGAGAUCACCAGGGUGGAGGAGUCCACGUGAACAGUGGAAGGCAAUGGUAAGAUGGAAGGCACUCCUAGCAGGUCCUCAGCCUUUCAAGUGGUAAACCCAUGCAUUCAUAUUCCAUUUGCCAUGUCGACAUGCACCGUCUUGGAGGCUCUCUAUAGUAGCUUAGCUGUCUAGAGCCAGAGAACAUCAUUGCAUACAGGUCUUACAGCAAACAGGCUUUGGCUUCCAAAUUACCAGUUCCUCUUGCAGUACUAACAGUGAAGGAAAUGUCCUAGUUCCUGCUGCCCAGAGAGCACUCUCCAUGUCUUCAUGUGCAUCUACCCUGUGCUCUCCAUUAGAGGGCAGAAGCUUGGUUACACACAGAUAAAAUAAUCCCAAAUUACCUGCCCCAUGUGUCCCGUAGCUCAGGGGAGGUGGGACAUCACCACGAAUGGGCAGACAACUACACCCACUAGAAACUAAAAGAAGCAAGAACUGGUGCUUGCAGGGUUAAUUUCUGUGCCUUGGGCUGACUUGAUGGCCUUUGUAGCACCUCCUUCUGUUUAAAGUUGGAAAUAGAUUUAAUACACGGUAAGUACCAACCUGUCACAGAUCUGUUAAAGACUGAAUAAUGUGGUAAUUACUCAUUUUUCAAAGGAUUGACAAUUCUGAUGAUAGAAAAAUGCCAAAAAGAUUGUUUUUAAAUAGUGACAAUCAUUAGGAGAGCAUUUUGAGAAUGUUAAUAGUCUUCCUGUGAGUGUUCCCGUUUGACAGCCCUCCUGUGCCAGCUGUGCUGCACUGCUGUAUCUCAUUUCUAUAUACAUGUAAUCCUCUGUUGUAAUAAAGGUAUUGCCCAUAA